AUGCUUCGUGUUGUGGAGUGGUUGAUGCUGGACGGGGCAGACCAAUUAAUCAAGGUGAAGGGGCUGGACAAGCAGCAGCUUUGCGUGGACCUCCUGAUGGUCGGUUGCGUGCAGUCCUUUGUGGACUUCUUCUACAUCACCCACCGGAAGGCUGCGCCAGUGGAUGGAUCUAGUGAGCAUGCGCCUGGCGAUGUGGAGAUCCCAGAGCAAACUCUGGUCUUCCUCAAGGAGACGCUCGAGACUGCGGAGGGGGCCCACCGCGCCGAGAACUACAAGGACUGCUUCGAGAGCUACGGGGCACUGGCGGACUACUUCGAGAAGGUGCCAGACCUGAAGAGCGGCAUGUAUUUCUACCAGCGCUGCGCGGACGUAGCCACUGAGGUGGACGCCCGGGACAGCAUCGCGAAGGCCAACUUGAGCUUGGGAACUUGUGAGGAGAAGGCUGGCAACUGGCAGAGCGCGAGGCAGUUCCACGAGAAGGCGUUGGAGAUCGCCACCUCCGGCGACUCACUGCCGUUGCAGAUCAGGGCGGCGAGCCGGCUGACCCACGUCUAUCAGACGCUCGCCGAGAAGAGCGAGAGGGAGAGCCGGGACAGCGACGCCACAGCCUACUACGAGCGCUGCCUGCGGUGCGCCCAGCUCAGCAAGGACGCCUCGCUGGAGGGGUCGGCUUGCCACCGGCUCGGGCUGUCCCUGCACAAGACAGGCAACUUCGACCACGCCAUCGAGCUUCAGAAGCAGUACCUGGAGAUCUGCCGGAUCCACGAGGACCGCGCUGGGGAGAGCGCGGCCCGCGCGGCGCUGGCCCGGGCCUUCGAAGCCACGGGCAUGACGCAG